AUGGCGCUCGUGUCCAUUCCCGCCGAAAUACAACUGCGGAUAAUAUCCCACGCCACCUCGAUUCGCGAUCUGGCUGCCGUAUCACAGAAAUGUCGGUUGCUACAUUCCCUGGACGGCAGCAUCAACCGGACUUUUGACCUCUUGGUGGAGAUCCUCAAGCGACCCAGUUUGGGAAAGUAUGUGCGAGAACUUGAACAGUACUCGAGUACUGGCUACUCCACUGGCCCUCCCUACGUCGAGAUAGAAGAGCAGCGAGAUCUCAAAACGUGUGACAUAGAUCUCCUUCGGGCGGCUGUGAAAAGGGCCGGCUGUGUCGACUCCCAAGAAACCGCCGUGCUCAUAUCAGACACCAGAAGCUUCAAGACUUCAAUCAAUGCAAUGGCACAGCCUUUCGAUGACGUUGAGCCCUCAAGUUCGAAGUAUGGUCAUUAUCCCCUCGAUCAAUUCCUCCGUCGGGCCAAUUCGAACGUGGCCAAUAUUCCCUAUCUCCUGAACCUUCGCAAGGUUUACAUUUUUGUCGAUAAUCUAGAACGGCCUUACGAAUACGACGACCACUUUGACUAUGUUGACGUCGACUUCGUAGCCUGUGUUGCACUCUUCAACCACCUCACAUCUAUUGAAUCAAUUGACACCGAUGCUCUCAUCCGAGACUCCGGGUUAAAGAGCAUCUCGCGCCUAAAGCCCAGAUCAUCCAAUAUCACCGGGUUUCAUCUCAACCACUGCUGUCUCCCUACAAUGUAUCAUGUCUACCUGAUCCAAUGCUGCAGGAAGCUGCGAGAAUUCCGGUACAACAUCGGGGGUCGUCGACCUUUUGUGGACCCAAAUACUCCCGAUAUGGUGUAUAACAUAUUCGAUGGCACAGCCUUCAUGAAGUCAAUAUUCCCACACAAAGACAAGCUGGAAGUCCUAGACUUCGACGUCUCGAAAGAUAUUGACUUUUCAAGCUACGAUGCUGAUGAUGAUGAUGAUGAUGAUGAUGAUGAUGAUGAUGAUGGUCAUCAUGAGCGGCGAUUCCACCGGUCCUUUCUCAGAAACGACCGGUCAUUGAAAGACUUCCGCGCCUUGAAGCGAUUGAGUGUCGGGAUCGAGUUUUUGCCGCACUUCGCUUUCGGAUUCAAGAAUAUCUACGGACGAGAGAAAUCUGUCACGCUGUCGUAG